UUCGCAAGGGGGCUUUUUCUGAAAAGAAACUCGUUAGAAUGAAUUCGGGCUAAAUUCGGUAGCCGCAGCGGUGGUGCAGUUGUAUAUUGAACAUGGUUGCACUACAUGAAUGUUGGGGACCACUCGCCCUGGCGCGUGCGAUUUCCUACAUUACGCUCUUUGCUUGUUUCUUGCAAAAAGUCAUCAUCAGAUCCAACUCCGGAAGUGGAGUAGAAGAGAAGAGAAGAGAAGAGAGUGAAAAUUCAUAAAAAUCGGUAAUGGCGAAAGAGAACCACAACCACCGACCGUCUUCAAUGUCAAUGAUUUAGGGUUUCAUUUUCAUCAUCAGCUUCUUCUUACUCUUUCUGUUGCGCUGCCCUCUCUGCUUCUCCACUUCAAUCCCAAUGAGGAGAGCUGGGGAUGCAUUGGGAAGGAGAUAUGGGAAUCGGCAGCAGCAGCUGAAGCAACAACUCAGUUUGGGAAUGAAGGGACUGCUGGGUCGUUUGUCUGUUGCAGUGAUCGUCUUGUUGAUAUGCACUGUGUCUUUGUUCUCUACAUUUCAAGGGAAUAAUCGUUCCCUUGAGGCACUUCAGCAUGUCACAGUAGAUGAACUUUGGAGCACUGCAGCUUCUGGUGGCUGGAGACCAUCAUCUGCUCCACGAUCUGACUGGCCCCCACCUCCAGUUAAGAGCAAUGGUUAUUUGCGUGUUCGUUGUAAUGGUGGUCUAAAUCAGCAACGCAGCGCGAUAUGUAAUGCUGUUCUAGCUGCACGAAUCAUGAAUGCUACUCUUGUGUUGCCCGAGUUAGAUGCUAACUCCUUCUGGCACGAUGACAGUGGCUUCCAAGGUAUCUAUGAUGUUGAACAUUUUAUCAAGUCACUGAGAUAUGAUGUACAUAUUGUGGAAAAGCUUCCUGAAAUUCACAAAAAUGGGAAGACCAAGAAGAUGAAAGCCUAUCAGCUUCGGCCACCAAGAGAUGCUCCUAUUAGUUGGUACACAAUGGAUGCAUUAGAGAAGAUGAAGGAACAUGGUGCCAUUUAUCUCACUCCAUUUUCACACCGUUUAGCAGAAGAGAUUGAUGAUCCUGAAUAUCAGCGGCUGAGAUGCAGAGUUAAUUAUCAUGCCCUUAGGUUUAAACCACAUAUCAUGCAAUUGAGUAACUCAAUUGUCAGUAAGCUCCGUGCGCAAGGUCACUUCAUGGCAAUACACCUUCGGUUUGAGAUGGAUAUGCUUGCAUUUGCUGGGUGCAUUGAUAUAUUUAACCCUAAAGAACAAAGCAUAUUGAAGAAAUAUCGGAAGGAAAAUUUUGCAGAGAAGGAACUUGUUUAUAGUGAAAGAAGAGCUAUUGGGAAGUGUCCAUUAACUCCAGAAGAGGUUGGUCUCAUCUUGCGUUCCAUCGGAUUUGACAAUUCCACAAGAAUAUACCUUGCAGCAGGUGAACUCUUUGGUGGAGAUCGUUUCAUGAAGCCAUUCAGAGCACUUUUCCCUCACCUGGAAAACCAUAAUACGGUGCUCCCUGCAGAAGAGCUGUCUGGAAACAAACAAGGAUUGGUGGGCUCUGCCGUCGAUUAUAUGGUCUGUCUCCUCUCUGACAUUUUCAUGCCAACUUAUGAUGGCCCAAGCAACUUCGCCAACAACCUUAUGGGUCACCGACUCUACUAUGGCUUCCGUACCACAAUCCGACCUGACAGGAAAGCCCUGGCUCCAAUCUUCAUCGAUCGGGAGAAUGGCAAGACUUCCGGUUUUGAAGAAGCAGUCAGGCGUGUCAUGUUCAACACUAACUUCGGUGGGCCUCACAAGAGGGUCCAGCCCGAGUCUUUCUAUACGAAUUCUUGGCCCGACUGUUUCUGUCAGACAUCACCUAAAGAUCCUGCUGAUCAAUGCCCCCCAGAGAACGUUCUAGAAAUACUCAACAGUCGGUUGCACAGGGAAGAAACUGAUACGGUGGAACUCGUUAGCAGAUCAAACGUGACUAGUUAUCCUGAUUCAGAGAACUAACAUCAUUUCGAAAGUAGUAGUUUUUGACUGUCAUUCUUUUUUUCCAGAACUGCAACAGAAAGCAUCAAAGUGGGAGAUAUCAGUAUUUGGAUUGUGCUUCUUGCCCUUCUUUCUUGUACACGGGGCUCAUAAACUUUGGAGAAUUAGAUCAUGGGUUCUGCAAUCUCAGAACUGUGUGGGAAUGUGAUUUGUGGCCCUGUAACAACACCUCUAAAGAAAGUAGAUUAUUUUGCCUUUAAAUUUUUGGUACAUUGGAAAAAGAUUAUUUUGCCUUUGUAAGACACUACAGUGUAGCCUUUUGCCAUGAUGAUAAAAUAUAUUACUU